CCCGUUGGUACAGUUAGUGUGUCCGGUCCUCAGCAGGAUGUCGGUGUCGGACCGGACUGCGCUAACGGCAGUAAACACGGAUGUUGGUGCAGUUUAAAGUGCAGCAGCGCGAUGGAGGGUCCGGGACAGGGUCAGGGACAGGGACAGGGUCAGGGACAGGGACAGGGACAGGGACAGGCUCAGGUUCCGAGUCCGGGACAGAAUCCCAGCAAGGCGGCGGAGUGUCUGAUCGAACUGAACCGGAUCAUUGAGACGCAGCACGCGCUCCUGGAGAGGCAGAAGACUCGGAUCACGGAGCUCCAGCUGCAGGUCGCCGAACUGCGCAGCCGCAACGCGCGCGUGCACGAGGAGUACAAAAGACACCUGCGCACGUGCAGCCUGCAGCAGCAUCAGCACAAUAAUAACCACAACAUCAGCAGCAGCGCUUUAACAGCCAUCCGGGAGAAACCUGAGUACAACGGCAUCCCGAAGAUGGUCAGGAGACACGACUCACUUCCUGUGGAAACCUCCAGCAGCACCAUGUCAUCGUUAUACAGGGGACAGGUGCCGCGUCGUCAGUGGAAAUCCGCUUCCUUCAGUGUGGAGGGGGAAGUGCAGAGCAAUGAGCCGUCCUCUUCGCUGGACCAUGGUAAAGGUUAUGGCCCCCUGACCCACAGCUCUUCCAUCAGCCCCGACCAUUUUGAAGGCUUUGGGUACGGCCAGAACGCUCAGUCCGGUCCGCAGCGCCCUCGGAGACCCAAACUCCAGCACUCGCAGUCCAUCCUCCGCAAGCAAGCCGAGGAAGAGGCCAUCAAACGCUCACGCUCGCUCUCUGAGAGCUAUGAGCUCUCCACGGAUCUGCAGGACAAACAGGUGGAAAUGUUAGAGAGGAAGUAUGGCGGGCGCUUUAUCAGUCGACAUGCUGCUCGCACCAUCCAGACGGCGUUCCGGCAGUACCAAAUGAACAAGAACUUUGAACGUCUGAGAAGUUCCAUGUCUGAGAACCGGAUGUCGAGGCGCAUUGUUCUGUCCAACAUGAGAAUGCAGUUUUCUUUUGAGGGACCUGAAAAAAUCCCCAGCUCAUUUUUUGAAGGGAAGCAGUUAUCUCUGACAGAGGAAGGAACUCCUGAAGCAACAAGCGAAUGUGGAGAUAUGGUUCCCAUCCACGUGGCUGUGCCAUCGGCGCCGAGCGACCUAAGUGACACCAUUACGGAGCUGGAGAGCGCUUUCUCUCAACAGGUCAAAUCGCUGGCGGAAUCGAUCGACGAUGCAUUGAAUUGUCGUAGUCUCCAUGAAGAAGAGGACCAGGAACCAGAGCAAGAUCAAGACAUGCAAAGUGAGCUGUCCUUUCAGGUCAAACCCAAUAACAACUCUAAUCAGCACAAGCUAGAGGAGAUGAUGGCUUCCUACAGCGGCGUGACGCUCUUCAUUGAUGAGGAGGAUCUUUGUCCUCCUGCUCAGCUCUUGCAUGCAGUAGAUCGACCGUCCAGCACUGAGUCCGAUCAGCGUGGCAUCGACUCCUCCCAGAAGUACUGGCACAUGGACACCAAGGAGGACAAAACAGGCAGAGACACCAGCUGCCACAGCACCCCGUCCAUCGACUUUCAGGAACCACGGCUUUGUAUGGACCACCUCCCACUCCUGACCAUAGAACCUCCCAGUGACAGCUCUGUGGAAAUCAGCGACCGCACUGAGUUGGACUCGGUAAAGAGGCAGUGCGUUUAUGAGCAGGCUAAGGCUGGAACUCAGGCCAGUCCCAAACAUAUCACACCCAGUCUACCUCCCAGAGUGUCUUCCCUGUCCCGGGAUGAAGAUCCCAUCAGGCACCGGCAUCUGGAGAGCCAUCUGGCCAUCAACGGAAACCGACAGAGCAAAUCAGAAUCAGACUUUUCUGAUGGGGACAACGACAGCAUCAACAGCACAACAAACUCCACCGACACGAUCAACUGCAGCUCUGAGUCAUCUCGGGACAGCAUGAGGGAGCAGACGCUUAGCAAACAGACAUACCACAAAGAGACGCGGAACAGCUGGGAUUCUCCGGCUUUCAGCAACGACAUCAUACGCAAGCGCCACUACCGCAUCGGCCUCAACCUCUUUAACAAAAAGCCAGAGAAAGGUAUUCAGUACCUCACUGAGAGAGGCUUCAUCCCAGAUACACCUGUGGGCGUGGCUCACUUCCUGCUUCAGAGGAAAGGGCUGAGCCGGCAGAUGAUUGGUGAAUUCUUGGGGAACCGACAGAAGCAGUUUAAUAGGGAUGUGUUAGACUGUGUGGUGGACGAGAUGGACUUCUCAGGGACGGAGCUGGACGAAGCUCUCAGAAAAUUCCAGGCACACAUUCGAGUCCAAGGGGAAGCUCAGAAGGUCGAGCGCCUCAUCGAGGCUUUCAGCCAACGGUACUGCAUCUGCAACCCAGGAGUGGUACGCCAGUUCCGAAACCCAGACACCAUCUUCAUUCUGGCCUUCGCCAUCAUCCUCCUUAACACGGACAUGUACAGCCCCAACGUGAAGCCCGAGCGCAAGAUGAAACUGGAGGACUUUGUGAAGAACCUCAGAGGAGUGGACGAUGGUGAGGACAUCCCUCGUGACAUGCUGAUUGGUAUUUAUGAGCGAAUUCGUCAGAAGGAGCUGAAGACCAGUGAAGACCACGUCUCUCAGGUGCAGAAGGUGGAGAAGCUCAUUGUGGGGAAGAAGCCGAUCGGAUCACUUCAUCAGGGGCUGGGAUGUGUUUUAUCCCUCCCUCAUCGGAGGUUAGUGUGUUAUUGCCGGCUGUUUGAAGUUCCAGACCCCAACAAGCUUCAGAAACUCGGCCUUCAUCAGCGUGAGAUCUUCCUCUUUAACGACCUCCUAGUGGUAACUAAGAUUUUCCAGAAGAAGAAGAACUCGGUGACGUACAGCCUCAGGCAGUCCUUCUCUCUGUACGGCAUGCAGGUCCUGCUGUUUGAGAACCAGCAUUACCACAACGGUAUCCGACUCACCUCAGCCAUCCCCGGCGCUGACCUGAAGGUCCUCAUCAUCUUCAACGCCCCAAACCCUCAGGAUCGGAAGAAGUUCACAGAUGACCUGCGAGAAUCCAUCGCUGAGGUCCAGGAGAUGGAGAAGUACCGCAUCGAGUCCGAGCUGGAGAAGCAGAAAGGUGUGGUGAGGCCCAGCAUGUCUCAGAGCAUGUCCGGUCUGAAGAAGGAGACGGGGAACGGCACCAUGAGCCGCGCCAGCCUGGAUGACACCUACGCCAUGGGGGAGGGGCUAAAGAGGAGCGCGCUCAGUAGCUCCCUGCGGGACCUUUCUGAAACAGGCAAGCGUGGCCGCCGCACCAGUGCAGGAUCACUAGACAGCAAUAUGGAAGGCUCCAUCAUUAGCGGUCCUUCUCAGCUGCCUCGGAGAGCUCCGUCCAUCCAAGACCGUCCUCCUCGUUCACACUGCUCCAACACCAACCCUUCCUCCUCCUCUGCUUCCACGCUGCUCGGAUCACUCUUCAGCAGCAAGCGAGGAAAACCUCCGCCUCAUCCUCCGCUUCCUGCUCCACCCUCAUCCUCGCGCCUUCCCAUCUCCCACAUGCCCCACCCCAUCAACAUGCACCAGACCACCCAGGCCCAACGUUUCCAACACUGUUCUUUCCCUCAAGACCCUCCACCGUAUCAGCACCACCAUCACUAUGACCCACCUCCUGUUGGACUCCGGUUCCACCGCCAGCACUCGAGCCACGUCUCCACACCACAACAACCUCAGCUCCCUCACAACCUCCUCCACCAACACCAACAUCGUCGUCAUCAACUUCACCACUACCAUCAACAACGGCACGAACACCGGGAGCAGCAGCUCACGUCAUCCGUCGUGUGUCCCACCAGCUCCAAACCCAAACACUGUGGCAUCAGCACGGUGGUGUGAGGAUACGACCAGAUCGAUCAUCUCACUCCUGAGACGGUUCCACAGAGUCCUUCUAACCUGGACGUGUUCCAGUGGUGGAUGGAAGGAGGAUCGGAACGUCUUCGGCGAGGACUACGUGAACUUUUCCAGCGUCGCGGUGUAGAACCUAAUGCUUUUUAUUUUAGUUUCCCAAAAACAAAUCAGGACAAUUAGUAAAACCGUGCGGCGGAGACGACAGAGCCGUCGCUCGCUCGCACUCGUCCUUAAAUUGUAUUUAUCGUGUAUGAGGAAAAGCUUUGUGUGUUAUCGUCUGCAUCAUUUCUAAAUGUGCCAAUAAUCCUUGUGUGUAUCGGCGCUGUGUGAACUGUAACCUGUGUGCUAGAGUUUAGUGUUAAACUGGAUCACAGAUGUUCUAUAUACUGUAAAAAACACAAAAAACAAAUCUAUAUAUAAACAUAUUCACAGAGUUUUUUAAAUAUUAUGAACAAAUAGAGAUGAAAUAUCGUGCCGUGGAGGCUGGAAGAUCUGUUCUGAUGUUUUACGUUAAAAAGGUUUUAAAUGCAGAAGCACUGAGCUAUAAACCCACGAGGACGUGGAUCAGCUGCCUGGUGGAGCUACAAACACACCAACCGGACGCUAACAGCACUUUCUUAUAGAUUUAGAUUCAAAUUAGAUCGGAUUUAGAUUAGUUUUUAGACUUUCAGACGUUUCGACGUCCCUCACCGAGCACUCGUCUAAUUUUCUCUUCCUUUUUUUUUUUUUUUAAGUACCUCAUUUCACAAGAAUGUGGAAAAUGACUGUAUUUUAUUCUGAAGUAACGUUUUUAUUUUUGUUUGUUUUCUGAAAGAAAAUGAUGCAAAUAAUGAAAUCAAAUUGUUUUCUUUUAGCAAAUAUAUUUGGUUAAAUUUACAUCUUUAAACCUCUGCACAAGUUCUACAGACGUUAUGCACAAACCUACAGAAGGCCAGUGAGAGAGUUUUAACUCCGACGUGCAAUAAGUUUAGAGAUUUAGGAGGACGAGGAAACGCCACACGCUCACAAAUAAAUAAACAAGUAAAUACAAAUAAAAAAGAGAAGAAACACCUCGAUUAUUAAUCGAUAAAAGUUUAGUAAAAAUUGCAUUGUCCUUUUAAUGCACGGUGUUUUAUUCGUUUACUGUUUCAUUCCUUUUUCCUUUUUUUUUAGAAUUAAAUUUUAGUUUUUAUUCUGAAUUCUAUUCACUCUUUUUUUCUUCUCUUUUCCUUUUUUUCUUGACCCCCCCCCUCAAAAAAAAUGUAGAAUUAUGUUUCAUUUCCCUUUUUAUUCAUUUUUUUUAUUUCAUUCAAACUUGGAAAACAAAAUAUAUAUUUAAUACGCGCAUUAAUCGAAUGAUUAAUUAUUUGAUUUGAACUCCGUUCUUAAUUUAUUUAUUCAUUUUUUAUGGGUUUUAUUUUUUUAUUAUUAGGAAAAUAAUUCGCACAUCUUUUUGCCCCUUCAGUUUGGUGGCUCCUCGUCCUCGGCUUUCUGUCGGCUUCUGUUUCUUUCCCACAGUAAAUGUUAUAGAAGUGGCUCAUAAACUAAAAGUGAACCACUCGCUUUAGUGAAAUGUCCGACGUUAAGUUUGUGUCCUGUGUCAACUGUUGCAGGGUUUUUUGUUUUUUUCCUUUUUGUGUGUCCCAGUAAAAGAAAUCAGUGUUACGUUGACAGUUAAGUGCAAUCGUACGAAAAGAAAUCCGUUCUCCAGCUUGUGUUGUUUCUGUACAAGAUUCAGGUGAAUAAUGCGACAGUUUAUGCAAAUCUCUUUCCUUCCAGACGAUAGAGAGUUUUUUACAGAAUGUAAAUGCGGCGAUGAAACACAGAAGCACAUUAAAUCUGUUUCUGACCGAACCACAGACGCAUGCUGACGAAUACAUUUAUUAUUUUCUUUCUUCCAGAGUGAAUAGCGAUAAUUUUAUAAAGUGUUUUGUUCAGACGGCGGAUUCGUGAUUCGUCCUGAUGAAGUUUUAAGGAGAGAGUUUAGAAUACGGCAUUAUUCUCAUCAUUUUCUGUAACCUGUGAUGAUGAUGAUGAUGAUGAUGAUGAUGACGACUAGACUGUUCUUCACCGAGCCCGUGUGAGAUAUAUUCUGAGCGCCGCACAGAUCCGAGACGUCUCGUUUCACUGUGAGCUGAUGGACACUCCAGAUGGACAAGACUCACUUUGUUCCCCCUCUUUCUUUUUUUUUUUGUAGCCUCGAUGUUGAACUUGCUGUCGUACUGCGUUGUGUUUCUCUGAAGUGCAGCAUGCAGAUCAUCUCCACAUAUUCAGUGUAGAAUAAUAGAUAGAAGAAAGAAGUCACAUGUCUGUCUGUCUGUCUGUUUGUCUGUCUGUCUGUCUGUCUGUCUGUCUGUCUGUCUGUCUGUCUGUCUGUGACGAGGAUCGAGUGAGAAAUCGUCAGUGUACCAAAUGAAGCUGAUGAUGAUGAUGAUGAUGAUGAUGAUGAUGAUGAUGAUGAUGAGUGGUGUGUGUUUAAGGUUGUUGGACUUGUUCACUGCCUCAGUGAGCUGCCAGUCUGCUGAGAGAGAGAGAGAGAGAGAGAGAGAGAGAGAGAGAGAGAGAGAGAGACAGAGAGACAGAGAGAAUGAGAGAGAGUGAAUGAGAGAGAGAGAGAGAGAGAGAGGAGAAAUGAAAUGCUCUCAUUUUGAUAUUCAGUCUGUUUGUAAGCUUCGAAUGCGAUUAAUGUCAAACUGUGACAAUGCUGAGAAAUAAAACAAUGUUAAACAAC